CCUCUGUCCGUCCCGUCCGUCUGUCCAUGUAGGCUGGUCCAGUUCUACAUCCGGAUCGGAGGGAAGAACGUUGGACCCACCUGCACUAGACCUCGCUCCCGCAACGAAGGAGUGGUAGUCCAGUUCUCAACCAACAACGGUGUGCAGUGGCAGUUCCUGAGAGAGCUGGACUUUGGCUCCUUCCUGGAACCCCAAGUGGUGACCAUUGAACUGCCUACAGCCGCCAAGACCCCCUACACAGUGUUCCGCUGGUGGCAGCCCCAGCAAGGGAAACACUCAGCCCAGUGGGCUAUGGAUGAUGUUCUGAUCGGUAUGAACGACAGCUCCAGGACUGGUUUCCAUGACAAGUUUGCCGGGACGUCUCCUCCGAGACACAACUGGUACCGUGUCCAGGGGGGAGAGGUCACAGUGGACUGUUUGUCUCUGGACACAGCUCUGUCCUUCUACUCCGAUGCCACAGACAAGAAGCCACGGUAUGCAGAGAGCUGGGACUUUGAGGUGUCUGGCUCCUCCUUCCUGCAGUUUGACCUGUCUAUGGGCUGCAGUAAGACAGUCACGUCCUCUCAUGGUGUCAGGCUGGAGUAUUCCACAGACUGCGGGCGCCACUGGGCCCUGCUCAAUCCAGAGUGUGUACCACCUGCCAUCGGUUGUGCCGGCUACACUAUGAACUCUGUCUACACCGCUACACAGUACACCCGUUGGAGGAGGAUUACGGUGUAUCUACCCAGCGCUGCCAAUUCUCCCAGGACACGGUUCAGGUGGAUUCAGCCUCACUUCAUCCCCGGAGCUGAUGGCUGGGCCUUGGACAACGUGCUGCUGGCCCCUGGUUGUCCCUGGAUGUGCUCUGGACACGGACUCUGUGACAACGGACGCUGUGUGUGUGACCAUGGUUAUGGCGGGGCCCACUGCGUGCCCCUGGCCCCCCUCCCCUCCAUCUUGAGAGAAGACUUCAACGAGAACCUGGCGGCGGAGCAGUGGCCCGAGGUGUACGGGGCUGAGAGGGGGACGCUCAGCGGGGAGCCCCUCAAAUCUGGCACCGCACUCAUCUUCAAAGGGGAGGGUCUACGUAUGUUGGUGUCUAGGGAUCUGGACUGUACCAGCACUCUCUACAUCCAGUUCUCCUUCAAGUUCAUCACUAAGGGUGUCCCAGAACGGUCCCACUCGGUGCUGCUGCAGUACUCAGUGAACGGAGGAAUCAGCUGGUUGCUUUUAGAUGAGUUCUACUUCCCCACCUCUACUGACACGCUGUUCCUACACCUCCCUCUGCCUGCCAGGGCCCAGACCAACGCUACCCGCUUCAGGCUCUGGCAACCCUACAACAGUGGUAAGAAAGAGGAGGUGUGGGUGAUUGAUGACCUGAUCAUCGAUGGCAGCUCGCUCAACAACCCUCCUGUAGUCUCAGACAACUUCGAGGGCGGACCCCAAAACUCCAACUGGCUCUUUUACCCAGGAGGCAACACUGGACUCUACUGCCCCUACCAGAAGAGGGGCCUGGAAAAGGAUGAGUCUGCCAUGGUGUUUUUAUCCAGUGAGCUGGGAGAACAUUCUAUAACCACCAGAGACAUCGACGUCAACGAGAACACCAUCAUCCAGUUUGAGAUCAACGUGGGUUGCACGGCAGACAGCUCAGCCUCUAACCCGGUACGACUGGAAUUCUCCAGGGACUUUGGGUCCACCUGGCACCUCCUGGUGCCCUUGUGUUCAGGAGGCCCCCAGCCCUCUUCCCUGUGCUCCACAGAGCUGCACCCAGCCAGUGUCUACUACCCAGGAACCACCCAGGGCUGGAGGCGGGAGGUCAUCCACUUUGGCAAACUGAGACUCUGCGGCUCCAUCCGGUUCCGUUGGUACCAGGGCUUCUACUCCAGCAGCUCCUCCCCUCCUACCUGGGCCCUGGACAGUGUGUACAUUGGCCCCCAGUGCCAGGACAUGUGUAACGGACACGGGACGUGUGUGAAGGGGACACACUGCGUCUGUGACCCAGGCUACUCGGGUGCAGACUGCUCCCAACCCGACACACUCAACCCUGAUUUCCUCAAGGAAGACUUUGAAGGAGGGGCGAUGGAUGCAGAGCGGUUCAGCCUUCUGAGUGGAGGGAAGCCUAGCAGGAAGUGUGGCAUCAUGUCCAGUGGGAACCACCUGUUCUUCAGCGAGGAUGGCCUGCGCAUGCUGGUCACGAACGACAUGGACCUAUCCAAUGCCAGGUUUGUUCAGUUCUUCCUGCGUCUGGGCUGUGGGAAGGCAUCCCCAGACCCGCGUUCCCAGCCCGUCCUGCUCCAGUUCUCUGUAGACGGAGGUCUGACCUGGGGCCUGCUGCAGGACUUCCUCUUCUCAAACAGCAGUAACCAGGCUCGCCUGGUGGCCCUAGAGAUCCCUCUGCGUGCCCGUACCUCCUCCACACGUCUCCGCUGGUGGCAGCCCUCUGAGAACGGACACUUCUAUAGUCCAUGGGUCAUUGACCAGCUGGUGGUGGGUGGAAGUGCCAGUGGCUGGGGACCUCUGGAGGACGACUUCUCCUCCAUGGACGGUCGUUCCUGGCUGCUCCACCCCGGGGGUACUCGUAUGCCCGUGUGCGGUUCUGACGGGGCGGCCUUCGCCUUCAUAGAGAAGUCCAACACGCGCUACGCUGUCACCACAGACAUCAGCCUGGGACAGGAUGCCUUCAUACAGUUUGACUUCUCAGCUUCCUGCUCUGUCACCAACUCCUGCUACGCCAUUGAACUAGAGUAUUCUCUGGACCUGGGUCUGAGCUGGCAGCCUCUGGUGAGAGACUGUCUCCCCACCAGCCCAGACUGCUCCUCCUACACCUUACAGAGACUGCUGGUAGCCGACACCUACAACAAGUGGGGCCGAGUCACUCUGCCAAUCCCCACCUAUGCCAGGUCUCCAGCCACGCGGUUCCGGUGGUUCCAGCAGGCUCCGUUUGACAAGCAGCAGACCUGGGCUCUGGACAACCUCUAUAUCGGAGACGGCUGCCCUGACAUGUGCUCCGGACACGGACGCUGCCAGCAGAGCAACUGUGUGUGUGAUCCAGAGUGGGGAGGGGAGUACUGUGAUGAGCCUGUGGCCCCUCUGCCCUCCCAGCUAGACGACGGGAGAGAGGUCUACGCUGUCACACAUGACAUCAUACCUGACAAAGACUGGGUCAUGCAGUUCAAGAUAGCAGUGGGCUGCGGUGUUCCAGAGCGCCAGGCGGAGCGGCAGGUCCACGUCCAGUACUCUGUGGACUUCGGUGUGUCCUGGAGGUACCUGGUGUUUCAGUGUCUCCCUGCGGACCCUCGCUGUGGAGGACAUGUCUCCCAGCCCAGCGUCUUCUUCCCUGCCCAGGGCUGGAAAAGGGCCGUCUACCCCCUACCGAACAGCCUGGCAGACACCGCGGUCCGUUUCCGGUUUUACCAGCAGCACUCGGACACCCAGUGGGCUGUGGAGAACUUCUACAUCGGGCCGGCCUGUGACGGCCACUGUGGGGGACAUGGAGACUGUCUAGACCAGAGAUGUCUCUGUGACCCUGGCUUCACUGGACCCAACUGCUACGCCAGCACUUCUCUCAAGGCGUCUCUGAAGGAGCGUUUUGACUGGGAGGGGGCCCCAGGCCCUCAGUGGCAGGUCCUGGAGGGGGGCCAUCCCUGUACCGACUGUGGGGUGCUGGUGGAGGGGACAGCCCUGUACUUUGGAGGGGCAGAUGCCAGACAGGCCGUCACCACUGACCUGGACCUCCGCGGAGCCAAGUUUGUAGAAUACUGGGCCAGGAUCGGCAGUGAAGACAACAUGACCAUGUGCCAUCGCCCAACCUGUCGUAAAGAGGGAGUGCUGCUGGACUACUCCACAGACGGAGGUGUGUCCUGGACCCUGCUCCAUGAGAUGGACUAUCUGAAGUAUGUGUCUGUGAGGCGUGAUUACAUCGUGCUACCAGAGGGGGCGUUAUCUAAUGCUACACGGUUGCGGUGGUGGCAGCCCUUCCACGUCUCCUCUGGUCUGGCGACAUCCGGGCCGGAGCGCGCUCAGUGGGCCGUCGACAACAUCCUGGUGGGAGGGUCUGACAUCAACCCUUCCAGCCUGCUCGACAACUUCGAUGACGAGGGUGUGUCACAUGAGGAGAGCUGGAGCUUCUAUCCCAACGCGGUGCGUACAGCAGGCUUCUGUGGGAACCCCUCUUUCCACCUCUACUGGCCCAACAAGAAACAAGACAAAACACACAACAUUCUGGCCACUCGCGAGCUCAUCGUACAGCCUGGGUACAUCCUACAGUUUAAGAUUGUGGUCGGUUGUGAGGCAGACAGCUGUGAAGACCACCAUUCUGUCCUGCUGCAGUACAGGAAGGAUGCCAGGUCUGACUCGUGGCAGCUGGUUCAGUCAGAGUGUAUUCCCUCCUCUGUGAACAACGUGGGCUGUUCUCCCUUCAUGUUCCAUGAGUCCACCAUCUACAGUCCAGUCAACAGCUCCAGCUGGACCAGGGUCACUGUUCAGCUGCCUGACCACGUCUCCUCAGGAGCCACGCAGUUCCGUUGGAUCCAGAAGGAGGGUGCUGGCGAGCGUCAUGGCUGGGGGGUGGACAAUGUCUACAUCGGGGAGGCAUGUCCUGGGAUAUGUAGCGGUCAUGGUUACUGUACCAGCGGGGUGGUCUGCAUCUGUGAUGAGGGACACCAUGGUGAUGACUGCUCCCUGUCCAGCAGUGACCUACCUAGCUCAAUAAAGGAUAACUUUGAGUCAGGCAGCGUGUCAGAGGAGAGCUGGCAACUCAUCCAGGGUGGCGGGGUGGGUAGUGGGUGUGGUCAGCUCUCUCCCCACGCCCACGGAGACUCGCUCUACUUUAACGGCUGUAAGACGAGACAGGCGAUCACCAAGCCUCUGGACCUGACACGAGCCAGUAAGAUCAUGUUCGUGCUGCAGAUAGGCAGUGUGUCCCAGACAGACAGUUGUAACACAGCCCUGGACCAGGCUGACACAGUGGACAGGGCAGUUCUGCUGCAGUACACGGUCAAUAACGGAGUCAGUUGGCACGUUAUCGCCCAACACCAGCCCAAAGACUUCAUCAAGGCCCAGAGGGUUUCCUACAACAUCCCACUAGAGGCGAGGGUUAAAGGGGUGGAGCUGCGGUGGUGGCAGCCACGUCACGACGGAGCGGGACAUGACCAGUGGGCGCUGGACCACGUGGAAGUAGUGCUCACCCGUAAACAAAACUACAUGAUGAACUUUGCCAGACAGACCGGCUUACGUCACUACUACAGCCGAAAGAGGCGGGCACUGCAGCAUGCCUAACCAAUGGAUUUUCCCUACGACCUGCCAAUUACACAUAUGACCGACCGACCGACCAAUCACAUUCCUUUCUCCUGAUGCCAUAUCACCCUGUCAAGUCCUGCCCUCCAGCCAAUGGAUUCCAGUCAGCCUUAGACCACACCCCUUCCCUCUCCAACCCCCACUCUGCCAGAAAACAUGGACCAUCCCAUCAGUUUACGCUGCAACCAAUCAGAAGCCUCACCCCCCCCCAAUGUGACUGGAAGGAAGGAGACGUGAAGGAGCAACAAAGGCGGACAUUUUGUUUACUUUUAAUGGACUUCCGGGUUUCUAGUUGUUUUCUAAUCGUUGCUGUACGUGGUUAUUAUAUGAUGAUUCCCUGUUCCAGUUGCGAUACGAUGAUGAUACUACCCACUCCUGGAUUUCCCCCUAUCACCCCAUCCUACCCGCCUAGUCCUACUACUACCACACUGUGAAAUUAUUAAGAGAAAUAUCACUGAUGACCAGUGACAUAGAGUUGGAUAGAGGGCACACAGUCACAGAAGCGAUAAUGGCAAAGCUAGGAGGGGGGGCCCUGUUUCCAACUCUAUGCCAGGUUACUGGGGUGUAUUCAUUAGUCCGAUUCCAUUGCAAAACGUUUUACAACAAAAACCAUUUACUGUUUACUCUAGGAACCAAGCGGAAACAAGCGGAGGGAAAACGGAACGAAAAUGGAGAGAGACCUAACUAAAAUUUGUCCACUAGAAACUCUUUUGGAGUAAACGGUUUCCAUUGCAAAACGUUUU